AAAGUAUUUAAAUAUAUUUGUAAGAAAGACAACAGACAGUACAGCCUUAUAAUUAUUUACAAUUUGCAUUUUGCUCGUGAGCUGCAUACCAAAUUUAAAACUGGAGAAAACCGAUUUGUUUACAUGUUAUGUCCACGUUGCGCCUUAGCCAAGAGGAACGCGAUCAUUUGGCGUUACUGCAGCGUCCGGCCAGCGAAGUCGUCGAACUCUGUAAAUCAGCAUUCGAUUAUCUGGUGAAUGGACCCAACUUGGAGCGCUACGAGUUGCUGGCCAAAAAGUGUUCCGGCAGCGUGGAGAGCGCCACAGUUCAACAUGCGGUGGAGGCAUUGAUUUCACUGCUAAUUCAUGUAACAACAAAUACGAGCGAACACUCAAAUAUACGCCAACUAUUGCCUGAACUGGGUGAGGACGUCCAGGAGGUGCUCGAGCAGUUUGUGAACAGCAAACGCAGCUUUGUGGAGGGUUCUAUUAAGUCGGCCAACAUACGAGCCUAUCGCCUGGUUAACCUGGAGUGGCGCCUCGAGGUGCGUACAGCAUCCCGUUGCCUGCUGCAGCAGUCAAAUGUGGUAAUUACCAUGAAGCUGUAUUUGCACACGGAGCCAAAAAACGAGAAUCGAGAGCUGCUAGAGAUCGACACGACGGAACGUAGCGAGCGGGAGCUAAGUGCCAUGCAGGAAGAUGAACGGCGGCAUCGUAAGGAUCUAUUGGUGCAGACGGAUGUCAGCAGCUUGCUACACAUGAUCAGAUCGCUGGAGGAUGCCUUGGCCGAGUCGAAGUCACGUCGCAUUCGAAACAUUGUAGACGCCAUACACUAAGUAUAAUAAUUUAAAGCUAAACUAGUUUGCUAAGUCAAGAUCUUAACUAAAUGUAUAUUAUGUAUUUUAAGCUGGACCAAUUUAUUACAAACUAUCAAACUAAA